UUUGGUUGAUGGUGGAACAUGGGAGAAAUAGAAGGCACUUACAGAGUACUGCAGACUCCAGGUUCUCGUUUGGGAGUCCAGAAGAAUUCUGGAGUAAGCACUCUGGAACCAGGACAAAACUUUUCCACAACCGUAGCUUCAACACCUGCUAAAACUCAUGACCGGUCUGUACAGAUCAAGAUAAAGCUUUUGGAUAACACAGUGGAAGUACUUGAUAUUGAGUCAAAAUGUCUUGGCCAGAAGCUGCUGACAGAGGUAUAUAAGCGUUUGAAUUUGGUUGAAUCAGACUACUUUGGAAUUGAGUUCCAGAACAUGCAGUCAUAUUGGAUUUGGCUUGAGCCUAUGAAACCCAUCAUUAAACAAAUUCGAAGGCCAAAGAAUGCCAUGAUUCGUCUAGCUGUAAAAUUCUUUCCUCCUGAUCCUGGUCAAUUACAAGAAGAAUAUACCAGGUAUCUGUUUGCACUGCAGAUCAAGAGAGACCUAGCAGAGGAACGCCUUGCAUGCAAUGACAACACAGCAGCACUCCUCAUUUCUCACCUUUUACAGUCGGAGAUUGGAGAUUUUGAUGAAACAGGGGACCAAGAACACCUUAAAAACAAUCUGUACUUUCAAAACCAGGAAAGACUACAAGGAAGAAUACUUGAAUUUCACAGGAAACACAUGGGCCAAACUCCUGCAGAAUCAGAUUUUCAGGUGCUUGAAAUAGCUCGGAAGCUGGAGAUGUAUGGUAUAAGAUUUCAUCUGGCAUCUGACCGUGAGGGGACAAAAAUUAACCUGGCUGUUUCACACACAGGUGUGCUAGUAUUCCAGGGUAAUACAAAAAUCAAUACUUUCAACUGGUCCAAAGUCCGAAAAUUAAGCUUUAAGAGAAAACGAUUCCUUAUCAAGCUGCAUCCAGAAGUACAUGGCCCCUAUCAGGAUACUUUGGAGUUUCUUUUGGGCAGUAGAGAUGAGUGCAAGAACUUCUGGAAAAUCUGUGUUGAGUAUCACACUUUCUUCAGGUUAUUUGAUCAGCCAAAACCAAAGGCAAAAGCAGUCUUCUUUAGCAGAGGAUCGUCUUUCAGAUACAGUGGGCGUACACAGAAACAGUUGGUGGAUUAUGUUAAAGAAAGUGGGUUGAAGAAAAUUCCCUAUGAAAGGAGGCAUAGCAAAACUAGAAUGUCUGCUCACACCUUGAAUCCUGAUGCACCCAAACAGAGUGUCUCUUUUACAGAAGGAUUAAGAGCCCCUGGGCCUAAUCCAUGUACAUAUGCCUUCUUCCACUCGGAUAAUAUGUUAUCCACAAAUAUUGCAAGUGUCCCCACAUUCACAGAGAGCAACCCUUUAUUUUUGGAACCCAGAAUAUCAAAUGCAAGGAGCUCUACAGCAGAAGGAAAUAGUGGGCCGUCAGAAGAAAUCGAGAAGAAAGUGGUACAGCAACCUGGAUCACCAAUACUCCAGACAUUCCAAGGCCCUCAACUAUCAUCUUUCACAAUGAAAAAUCCAGUCACCUUGAACCCUCCAUUUCAUGUGAAUAUGAACACAGCUGGCCAAGGCUCAUCUCCUCUUUUGAGCCCUGUCCUGAGCGAUGUUGGUGGUGCCAAGGCAGAAGAGGAGGAUGAAGCAAAACGUAGGCGAUAUCCAGCAGACAAAGCAUAUUUCAUUGCAAAAGAAAUUCUUGCUACUGAACGAACUUAUUUAAAAGACCUCGAAGUCCUAACAGUAUGGUUCCGCAGUGCAGUUGUCAAGGAGCAUGCCAUGCCUGAAGGCCUUAUGACCUUGUUCUUCUCUAACAUAGACCCUAUUUAUGACUUUCACAGAGGAUUUCUAAGAGAGCUGGAGCAGCGACUAGCACUUUGGGAAGGACGCUCAAAUGCUCCCACAAAAGAUUAUCAACGGAUUGGUGACUUAAUGCUUCGAAAUAUGCAUAUGCUGAAGGACCUUACUGGCUACUUACAGAAACAUGAUGAGGUCCUGACAGAGCUAGAGAAAGCAACCAAAUACAUAAAGAAACUGGAAAUGGUUUAUAAGGAAUUUGAACUCCAGAAGGUUUGCUAUUUGCCACUCAAUACUUUCCUGCUUAAACCCAUCCAGAGGUUAAUGCACUACAAGUUGAUCCUGGGGAGACUUUGCAAGCACUAUGCGGUAGAUCACCGAGACUAUGCCGACUGCAGGAAUGCACUGAAGGAGGUUACAGAAAUGACAUCACAACUUCAAAACAGCCUCAUCCGCUUGGAGAAUUUCCAGAAGCUAACAGAGUUACAACAUGACUUGCUUGGCAUAGAUAACCUUGUAGCUGCUGGCAGAGAGUUUAUUCGGGAAGGCUGCUUAUACAAACUCACCAAGAAGGGUUUACAGCAGAGGAUGUUCUUUCUGUUUUCAGAUAUGUUGCUGUAUACAGGCAAAGGAGUCACAGGCACCAAUCAGUUCAAAAUCCAUGGGUAUCUUCCUCUACAUGGGAUGCUAGUGGAAGAGAGUGAAAACGAAUGGUCUGUCCCUCAUUGCUUCACAAUCUAUUCAGCUCAGAAAACCAUAGUAGUGGCAGCAAGCACACGUCUAGAAAUGGGGAAGUGGAUGGAAGAUCUAAACAUGGCAAUUGAAAUGGCCAAGAAAUCCAGCGAGAAAUCAGAGCUGUUUCUUGACAACUCCAUGUGCAACCGUUCUAACAGAUCCUCUGAUGAGGUUUCUCUAGAACAGGAGUCCGAAGAGGACAUACAUUCUUCUCGUAGCUCCCUGGACAGGCAGAGCCACCACCGUGCCAACACUACCAUGCAUGUCUGCUGGUACCGCAACACCAGUGUCUCCAUGACUGAUCACAGUGUGGCCGUCGAGAACCAACUAUCAGGAUAUCUGCUGAGAAAAUUCAAAAAUAGUAAUGGUUGGCAGAAGCUCUGGGUUGUCUUUACAAACUUCUGCCUUUUCUUCUACAAAACUCACCAGGAUGAUUACCCACUGGCCAGUUUACCACUGCUUGGUUAUACAAUUGGUGUCCCGGUAGAGGCAGAUGGCAUUCAGAAGGAUUAUGUCUUCAAGCUGCAGUUCAAAUCCCAUGUGUAUUUCUUUAGGGCUGAAAGCAAGUACACCUUUGAGAGGUGGAUGGAAGUAAUAAAAAGAGCUACAAGUUCUCCUGGGAGAUCCAGCCUAUACAUCCCAAAGGAUGAAAAGGAAAAGACCAUAAACUGAAAGGAGCAGAGCUAGAGCUCAGAUGAUAGUUAAUUGCAUCUCAUAAGAAAGAGGGCAGGGGGUUGAGUUCAACAGUAGUAAAAAAAAAAAUUACCUACAGUGACAAAGUUAGCCACCUGGUACAAGGUGAUGAAUUUGUGGUAGUGCGGAAAGCAACCAUAUCUAAUGGAAGGGCAAGGAAUGUGGCAAUGGUGCAGUCUGUGAACAAAUGGCAGCUGCUGGAUUUUCCAAGCGGUGCAUCUUUCUUUUUUUAAACGUACACAAAUAGCAGCUGUUGAUGUUUCCUGACAUUUUCCUGAUCUUAAGUUCUCUGGCUUUUUAGUGGUGUCCAAAAACUCUUCUUAAUACUCAGCAGUAAUUGUACAAUAUGCUACUCCGCACAUGCCUCAAAAGCUGCUCUGUGUUGACAUUCAUUUAGGAGUUCAGAUCACUGUAGAAAUCUGGAGUGCAUCAGGAAAGUGUCAGGUAUCAACUUCACCCUUAAUUUUCCUCAAGCGGGCAUUACUUUUGUCUGGGUAGAGGAGUGGAACGAAAGAGGUGUGACGGACAUUUUUGCUGUGUCAAGAAAUCAUUCUGAUGCAUGGCCUUCAUAAAAUACGUUCACAUUGUUGCCACUGUUGCAGCUUCGAUUUGAGUCCAGUAGCACCUUAGAGACCAACAAGAUUUUCAGGGCAUAAGCUUCCUUCUUCAGCUACCAAAAUGCAGCUAUUCUGGUCAUGUAGGUGGAGCUCAUACAUUGUUUGAACAUGAAGCCUGCCUUGUCCAAAGGGCUUUUCAGCUGCUUCUAUUGCAUGGAUCAAUGUCCCUUGCAUAGCAGUGAUUUAAAAACGGAUUACUUUCAACAGCUUUAUGUCACGAUAUAUAUUAAAAGCAAUGUGAUGGUUCUUUAAAGGAAGACUGUGUAAGUUUUAAAAAUAAUUGCAUAAAUUACAUUUUGGCAUAUGAGAUAAAAUGAUACAAGCUGUGGGAAAAUUCAGGUGCUAGUUAUGAAACUAAACCAAAAAUUGGUUACAGAUAGGUCAAGCUUAGGUAGGUGGAUGGGAAAAGUUAUUAAUUAGGGGAAAGGGAAGAUUUCAUCCUGUUUUGAUAUUUUUACUGAAACCUGCAAUGUGCUAAAUAUUUGGUCUUUACUAUAAUGGCCAUUAUGCUACAUAAGUUAUGUAUUUUUUUAUUUAUUAGUAGCUGUUUUUGAAAAUAAACUAUUGUAGAUUUAA